AUGGCAGUGAUCGGUGCACCAAAAGGACACAACCGCUACAGGGACCCCAAAACUUUCCAGAUGACUCCGGCCUUGUAUAGGGUUCGGAAGCCAUUUUUCUGGAAGAACUUUGCCGGGUUUUUCCUUGUGAGCUCGAUUCCGUUGGGCGUGUAUCUCUACACGUGGAACGUGCUUAGCAAAGACGAGUUUGCGGACAUUCCUAUUCCUCCUAUUUCCGACGAGGAGUUGGCCAAGUUGAAGAAGGAAUACGAAAGCAAAUAG